GGGCGGCCCGGCUCCCUGCCCCCUGCAAACUUUGCUAGCAGCCCGCCCGGGGGGCCGGGGGCGCGCCCGGGAGGCCCGGCUCGGUCCGCGGCUGCAGCACCAGCCGCCGCCGCCGCCACUGCCGCAGCCCCGCGCCUCCCCGGGGAGCAGCCGGCGGCUCCCGCGGCACCCCAGCCCCGGCCCCUGGGCACUGCCCGGAGAGUCCCCCGGCAGGGGCGGGGACAGCAGCGGCGCGGCCGGCCGCGGACUGCCAGGGAACGGCCGCCGCUGCCCAGCUAGGCGCGCAGAGGCGCGGAGAGCGCUCCCCGGCGGGUCCCCAGCGCACUCGCCGCGCCCGGGCAGCGGCCCGACCCGGCGAGCACCGGCGGCGCGGAGUGACGCCGCCGUGCCCGCUUGGCAUCAAGGACAUUCAGCCCGCGGGGGUGGGGACGAAGGGGACAGCCCCACGUCGCCACCGCAGCCCCCGAGAGCUGCGGCUGCUGCUCGGGCUCCGGGGCUGGCUGGAGGAAAGGGGCGCUUGGAAUCGAUCCACAUUUUCCGACCUUUUUGUUGGACAUUACGCCCACCUUGGACACUGCCAGAGGAGCUGCCAAGCCCCGCAAGCUCUGAGCGGCCCCCUCCGCUUUCCUUUACUGCUCCCGGCUUCCCUGUGCCUCGGUGGAGUAUUUGCGUUCGGGGCUGGGGCUGGAGGAGGCAGCCACACGCGCGCACACGCACACGUUCAGCGGAGGGCGAGAGGCAGCGGCAGAGGCACCAUCUGCAGUGUCAAUGCGGCGCUCCCGUUGAAGGAGAGAAGCACGGCGCAUCCAGGGGACACUGCACUCUGAGUCCUUGCUCUCUGAGGGGACAGCUGUGCCUGAGUGCCGCUGUGCUGCCGGGACCCAACUCUGCCAUGAAAACCAUGCCUUGGAAUUGGACCUGCCUGCUGUCCCACCUCCUCAUGGUGGGCUUGGGUUCCUCCACGCUGCUGCCCCAGCAGCCAUCCCCACUGUCCCAGAAGCGCUCUUUCAUCACUUUCCGAGGGGAGCCCACUGAGGGCUUCAAUCACCUUGUCGUGGAUGAGAGGACAGGACACAUUUACCUGGGGGCCAUCAACCGUAUUUAUAAGCUCUCCAGUGACCUGAAGGUCUUGGUGACCCACCAGACAGGGCCAGACGAGGACAACCCCAAGUGUUACCCGCCCCGCAUUGUGCAGACCUGUAAUGAGCCCCUGACCUCUACCAACAACGUCAACAAGAUGCUGCUCAUAGACUAUAAGGAGAACAGGCUGAUCGCCUGCGGGAGCCUGUACCAGGGCAUCUGCCAGCUGCUGCGGCUGGAGGACCUCUUCAAGUUGGCGGAGCCAUCCCACAAGAAGGAGCACUACCUGUCAGGGGUCAAUGAGAGUGGCUCGGUCUUCGGCGUCAUAGUCUCCUACAGCAACUUGGAUGACAAGCUCUUCAUUGCCACGGCAGUGGACGGGAAGCCUGAGUACUUUCCCACCAUCUCCAGCCGGAAGCUGACCAAGAACUCCGAGGCGGAUGGCAUGUUUGCCUAUGUCUUCCAUGAUGAGUUUGUGGCCUCGAUGAUAAAGAUCCCCUCAGACACUUUCACCGUCAUCCCUGACUUUGACAUCUACUAUAUCUAUGGUUUUAGCAGCGGCAACUUUGUCUACUUUUUAACCCUUCAACCUGAGAUGGUGUCUCCCCCAGGCUCCACCACCAAGGAGCAGGUUUAUACAUCCAAGCUCGUCAGGCUGUGCAAGGAGGAUACGGCCUUCAACUCCUACGUGGAGGUGCCCAUUGGCUGUGAGCGCAGCGGGGUGGAGUACCGCCUGCUGCAGGCUGCCUACCUGUCCAAGGCUGGAGCCGUGCUGGGCCGGACCCUUGGAGUCCAUCCAGAUGAUGACCUGCUCUUUACUGUCUUCUCCAAGGGCCAGAAGCGCAAAAUGAAAUCCCUGGAUGAGUCGGCCCUGUGCAUCUUCAUCCUGAAGCAGAUCAAUGACCGCAUUAAGGAGCGGCUGCAGUCCUGCUACCGGGGUGAGGGCACCCUGGACCUGGCCUGGCUCAAGGUCAAGGACAUCCCCUGCAGCAGUGCGCUCUUAACCAUUGAUGAUAACUUCUGUGGCCUGGACAUGAAUGCUCCCCUGGGAGUGUCCGACAUGGUGCGUGGGAUUCCCGUCUUCACGGAAGACAGGGACCGCAUGACUUCUGUCAUCGCAUAUGUCUACAAGAACCACUCUCUGGCCUUCGUGGGCACCAAAAGUGGCAAGCUGAAGAAGAUCCGAGUGGAUGGGCCCCGGGGCAAUGCCCUCCAAUAUGAGACUGUGCAGGUGGUGGAUCCUGGCCCUGUCCUCCGAGAUAUGGCCUUCUCCAAGGACCAUGAGCAGCUCUAUAUCAUGUCAGAGAAGCAGCUCACCAGGGUCCCUGUGGAGUCCUGCGGUCAGUAUCGGAGCUGUGGCGAGUGCCUUGGUUCAGGUGACCCCCACUGCGGCUGGUGUGUGCUCCACAACAUGUGCACGCGGAAGGAACGCUGCGAGCGGUCCAGGGAGACCCAUAGGUUUGCCUCGGAGAUGAAGCAGUGUGUCCGGCUGACGGUGCAUCCCAGCAACAUCUCCGUUUCUCAGUACAACGUGCUGCUGGUCCUGGAGACAUACAACGUCCCAGAACUGUCAGCUGGCGUCAACUGCACCUUUGAGGACCUGUCAGAGAUGGAUGGGCUGGUGGUGGGCAACCAGAUCCAGUGCUACUCUCCUGCAGCCACGGAGGUGCCCCGGAUCGUCACAGAGAAUGGGGACCAUCACGUUGUGCAACUGCAGCUCAAAUCAAAGGAGACGGGCAUGACCUUCGCCAGCACCAGCUUUGUCUUCUACAAUUGCAGCGUCCACAAUUCGUGCCUGUCCUGCGUGGAGAGCCCAUACCGCUGUCACUGGUGUAAAUACCGGCACGUCUGCACCCAUGACCCCAAGACCUGCUCCUUCCAGGAAGGCCGAGUGAAGCUGCCUGAGGACUGCCCCCAGCUGCUGCGAGUGGACAAGAUCCUGGUGCCCGUGGAGGUGAUCAAGCCCAUCACUCUGAAGGCCAAGAACCUCCCCCAGCCACAGUCGGGGCAGCGCGGUUACGAGUGUGUGCUGAGCGUCCAGGGCAGCGAGCAGAGGGUGCCAGCCCUGCGCUUCAACAGCUCCAGCGUGCAGUGCCAGAACACCUCUUAUUCCUAUGAAGGCAUGGAGAUCAACAACCUGCCCGUGGAGCUGACAGUUGUGUGGAACGGGCACUUCAGCAUCGACAACCCAGCUCAGAACAAAGUUCACUUGUACAAGUGUGGAGCCAUGCGUGAGAGCUGUGGGCUAUGCCUCAAGGCCGACCCGGACUUUGCGUGUGGCUGGUGCCAGGGCCCAGGCCAGUGCACCCUGCGCCAGCACUGCCCAGCCCAGGAGAGCCGCUGGCUGGAGCUGUCGGGUGCCAACAGCAAGUGUACAAACCCCCGCAUCACGGAGGUAAUCCCAGUGACAGGCCCCCGGGAAGGGGGCACCAAGGUCACCAUCCGAGGGGAAAACCUGGGUCUGGAAUUCCGUGACAUCGCCUCGCACGUCAAGGUGGCCGGUGUGGAGUGCAGCCCUUUGGUGGACGGCUACAUCCCUGCAGAGCAGAUCGUGUGUGAGAUGGGGGAAGCCAAGCCCAGCCAGCAUGCAGGCUUUGUGGAGAUCUGCGUGGCCGUGUGUCGGCCCGAGUUCAUGGCCCGGUCCUCACAGCUCUACUACUUCAUGACGCUGACUCUCUCAGACCUGAAGCCCAGUCGGGGGCCCAUGUCUGGGGGCACCCAAGUGACCAUCACCGGCACCAACCUAAAUGCUGGCAGCAAUGUGGUGGUGAUGUUCGGGAAGCAGCCCUGCCUCUUCCACAGGCGAUCUCCAUCCUACAUUAUCUGCAACACCACGUCCUCAGAUGAGGUGCUGGAGAUGAAGGUGACAGUGCAGGUGGACAGGGCCAAGAUCCACCAGGACCUGGUCUUCCAGUAUGUGGAGGACCCGACCAUCGUGCGCAUUGAGCCAGAGUGGAGCAUCGUCAGUGGGAACACGCCCAUCGCCGUGUGGGGCACUCAGCUGGACCUCAUACAGAACCCCCAGAUCCGGGCCAAGCAUGGAGGGAAGGAGCACAUCAAUAUCUGUGAGGUUCUGAAUGCUACUGAGAUGACCUGCCAGGCUCCGGCCCUCGCUCUGAGUCCCGACCACCAAUCUGACCUGACUGAGAGGCCUGAGGAGUUUGGCUUCAUCCUGGACAAUGUCCAGUCCCUGCUGAUCCUCAAUAAGACUAACUUCACCUACUAUCCAAACCCAGUGUUUGAGGCCUUUGGACCCUCGGGAAUCCUGGAGCUCAAGCCUGGCACGCCCAUCAUCCUAAAGGGCAAGAACUUGAUCCCGCCUGUGGCCGGGGGCAACGUGAAGCUGAACUACACUGUGCUAGUUGGGGAGAAGCCGUGCACCGUGACCGUGUCGGAUGUGCAGCUGCUCUGCGAGUCCCCUAACCUCAUCGGCAGGCACAAAGUGAUGGCCCGUGUCGGCGGCGUGGAGUACUCCCCGGGGAUGGUGUACAUCGCCCCAGACAGCCCGCUCAGCCUGCCCGCCAUCAUCAGCAUCGCGGUGGCUGGCGGCCUCCUCCUCAUCUUCAUCGUGGCCGUGCUCAUCGCCUACAAACGCAAGUCCCGAGAAAGCGACCUGACGCUGAAGCGGCUGCAGAUGCAGAUGGACAACCUGGAGUCCCGCGUAGCCCUGGAGUGCAAGGAAGCUUUUGCUGAGCUGCAGACAGACAUCCAUGAGUUGACCAGUGACCUGGAUGGAGCUGGGAUUCCCUUCCUGGAUUAUAGAACUUACACCAUGCGGGUGCUGUUCCCAGGAAUUGAAGACCACCCCGUCCUCCGGGACCUCGAGGUCCCAGGCUACCGGCAAGAGCGCGUGGAGAAAGGCCUGAAGCUCUUCGCCCAGCUCAUCAACAACAAGGUUUUCCUGCUGUCCUUCAUCCGCACGCUCGAGUCCCAGCGCAGCUUCUCCAUGCGCGACCGUGGCAAUGUGGCCUCGCUCAUCAUGACGGUGCUGCAGAGCAAGCUGGAGUACGCCACCGACGUGCUGAAGCAGCUGCUGGCUGACCUCAUCGACAAGAACCUGGAGAGCAAGAACCACCCCAAACUGCUGCUCAGGAGGACUGAGUCGGUGGCUGAGAAGAUGCUGACCAAUUGGUUCACUUUCCUCCUCUACAAGUUCCUCAAGGAGUGUGCUGGGGAGCCUCUCUUCUCCCUGUUCUGUGCCAUCAAGCAACAGAUGGAGAAAGGCCCCAUCGAUGCCAUCACAGGCGAGGCCCGCUACUCCCUGAGUGAGGACAAACUGAUCCGUCAGCAGAUCGACUACAAAACCCUGGUCCUGAGCUGUGUCAGCCCAGAUAAUGCCAACAGCCCCGAGAUCCCAGUAAAGAUCCUCAACUGCGACACCAUCACUCAGGUGAAGGAAAAGAUUCUGGAUGCCAUCUUCAAGAACGUGCCUUGCUCGCACCGGCCCAAGGCUGCAGACAUGGACCUGGAGUGGCGACAAGGAAGCGGGGCCAGGAUGAUCCUGCAGGAUGAAGACAUCACCACCAAGAUGGAGAAUGACUGGAAGCGGCUGAACACCUUGGCCCACUACCAGGUGCCUGAUGGUUCUGUGGUGGCUUUAGUGUCCAAGCAGGUGACAGCCUAUAAUGCAGUGAACAACUCCACAGUCUCGAGGACCUCAGCAAGUAAAUAUGAAAACAUGAUCCGGUACACGGGCAGCCCCGACAGCCUCCGCUCGCGGACACCUAUGAUCACUCCCGACCUGGAGAGUGGGGUCAAGAUGUGGCACCUGGUGAAGAACCACGAGCAUGGAGACCAGAAGGAGGGUGACCGGGGAAGCAAGAUGGUGUCUGAAAUCUAUCUGACACGGCUCCUGGCCACUAAGGGCACGCUGCAGAAGUUUGUAGAUGACCUCUUUGAGACCAUCUUCAGCACAGCGCACCGGGGCUCUGCCCUGCCCCUGGCUAUAAAGUACAUGUUCGACUUUCUGGACGAGCAGGCGGACAAGCACGGCAUUCACGACCCGCAUGUGCGUCACACCUGGAAGAGCAACUGCCUGCCCCUACGGUUUUGGGUGAACAUGAUCAAAAACCCACAGUUCGUGUUUGACAUCCACAAGAACAGCAUCACGGACGCCUGCCUAUCAGUGGUGGCGCAGACCUUCAUGGACUCCUGUUCCACGUCAGAGCACCGGCUGGGCAAGGACUCGCCCUCCAACAAGCUGCUCUAUGCCAAGGACAUCCCCAGCUACAAGAACUGGGUGGAGCGGUAUUACUCAGACAUCGGGAAGAUGCCAGCCAUCAGCGACCAGGACAUGAACGCAUACCUGGCUGAGCAGUCCCGUAUGCACAUGAACGAGUUCAACACCAUGAGCGCGCUCUCAGAGAUCUUCUCUUAUGUGGGCAAGUACAGCGAAGAGAUCCUUGGACCUCUGGACCACGAUGACCAGUGUGGGAAGCAGAAACUUGCCUACAAACUAGAACAAGUCAUAACCCUCAUGAGCUUAGACAGCUGAGAACCGUCCUUCCAGGGCCACCCUGGGGGAGACACACCAAGCCGUGCCUCAGUCUAGAUUUUCAUCUUUACCAAGUGCAAGUUCCGACCGGCAUCAGCAGCACCCCGAGCAGCGCCGUCUCUCUCUUUCUGCCUCUUCCUGUUUCUCCCUCCUGCCUGGAUCCCUUCUCUUCCAGUUGCUCUGCCGACAUGACUGGACCAAGCCACUGGCUCCCAGCUAGUCCAGGGACAUCAGGCCCACCAUGAGGGAGCUGACCACAGGGUGUCAGGGGGCUCUGUCUCAGCUGUUCUUGACCCACCCAUCAGCAGCAGGGCCCGAAUGCGACAGGGAGCCAGGGACAGAGUACAUUUCUAUGCUGCUACGUCACCUUCCAUUUCAGGAGCCCCUGCUUUGGUUCAAACCUUGGCCCAGGGAAGAGGCAGUGAGCUCAGUAUUAUCUGCACUAGGAAGAUGUCACCUGACUCUCCCUCUCCAUGGUUCCAUCUCCAAGGAGUCAGUCAGUAGUCUGGGGGCUUUAUAGCUGGGAGAAGAGAGGCCCCACCUGCUAUAGAGGGUUGUGUAAGGAGGUGGGAGAUGCUUCCCGGGGCUGCCCCUCGCCUGCUGGGUAGGCACCCGGAUGCCUCCUUUCACCUUCCAAGUGUCCAGAGGGAGCUGCCUAACUAGACCCCAGGCAAGGGAAAGAAUAGCACUUGUAUCCCACCAUGGAGAUGUUCCUAACCUUCUCAUCUGGCUCCUAGUGGCAUAAAUGUAACAAGGAGAGGGAAAAAGGAAAGAGAGUUACAUCUACUCUGGAAGCAGAAUGUGUUGUUUUCCAUUCACCCCAAAUGCAAAUGAGUCACAACCACAUAGUUCUAGUUCAUUGCCAGAGCCCGGAGUGCUGUCUAGAGAAAGCCUCUAUCUCCACUCUCCUUUGUCAUCCCCAUCAAGGGUCAGCGUGAAAUGCAGGGUGCACCCAGGAGAUUCUACCUCCAGCCAUCCCAUGGCUCUAUCCCUAUCAUCCUUCCUGAGGACUCCUCAGAAAGCUGGGCUGACAGCCCAGGCCCUGUCCCCCCUGCAGGAUCUGGCCAUUGCUAUGCAGAUGACUUUGUCACUGGACUGUCCAGACCUCCCCGGGAAUGAAUUCAUCACCAUCUCAGCUGUCUCUUCUGUCAUCCUCCUCCCUCAUCCCUUCAGCUGUCAUCACUGAAGGAAACACUCGGGCACAGCCUCACAGAGACAAACCAAAACACAGCUAGCCUCAGUUGCCAGCUCGGCACGUCUGGGGGAACUGAAGAGUUGAGCUGAUGGAUCUGGCUGGGAACAGGAGGGACGUACAACUGGCCUUGGCCCUGGCGUCCAUCUCUGCAUCUACAGACGCACCAGUUUAGCCCUGCUGGCAAGUGAGUGCUCAGAAAAGUAUACUGGGUGAGCAUGGGCUGCGAUGAGGGACAAUCCCAUGGAAGGUCAUAGAAACCGGUCAUCUCAGAGAGACCUUAGGUGCCAUCUGGUCCUGUCUCCUGCCAUAAGCAGGAGCAUCCCCUGGGAGCGCUGUCCUGGAGCUAGGCACCACUGUGGGAGAUACGGAGGAGCAUCCUCUAAGGUGAGGUCCCACACGUAGUGUCACCUUCACAUCAUUCCUUGUCGUCCACUCAGAAUGGGCCCCGCUUCGUGAAGGAACCACAGAGUCCAUGGAGCAUCCAUCCUGUGCAUUAGGGACACUCGCGCCUGUGGCUAUGAAUAUGUGCGUGUGUGUGUGCAUGUGUGUGUGUGCACGCGUGCCCCAGGAGUCGCUGGAGAUUCUUCUUCAGAAAGCUUUCUUGUCCUAUGUAGGAGGAUUUUGAAGUGUUUCUUGUCCCCCUUGCUUAGCAAUUCAUCCUGUAGCUUCAGGACCUUUCAACACCUGCUUUCUAUGCCGAGAGCUGGUGGGUGGAAGGAGAGGUCACCUAUCCAUAGGAAAUCAGGGUGGUCACCUGCCAAGGCCUGGACUGCAGCAACCCAGAGCAGGGCUUCAUGGCGGGAAAGACACAAGCAACCUAAUGAACGUGAAGAGAAGAAUGGAAAAAAAUGCAUCGGAAGAAGAAAAAAUAAUAACCAAAGGUUUUGGCAAAUGUAGAACCAGUUGGAGAAGCAUGGAUUUUUCUACCCUUGAUCAUUUUCUUUUCUCCCAAGAAGUCUCGGGACCUGGCAAGCCAGAAAGGAUGUGAGUGGGAGGCAGGUCCAGGAGGCACCUCGGCCACUCAGAUAUUUUUGCACAUGUGAAGGGUCGGGAGGAGAAAGGCAUGAACAUAUUUAUCACAGAUUUGCUGGAUGGGAGCUGUGUGUGAGUGUGUGUAUGAGUGUGUUUUGAUUUAUUUUUUAAGUUUUGCACAGUUAGAAAAAAAUGACUAAGCAGAAAAAAGAAGACUGUUAUCAUAGUUCUGCUGAAGCUUUUAUUUUUUACCAGAUGAUUAUUAUGUUAGUGUUACUUUGGCGGUACAGGACUUUUUUUCCCUCCAUGUUUUUGUUAUAUGAAAAACUUCAGACGCCUCGCAGGGGUCCUCAAACCACGCCCCGCAGCCCAUAUGAGGCGGUGUGAUUGUAUUUGUUCCCGUUUUGUUUUUUACUUCAAAAUAAGAUAUGUGCAGUGUGCAUAGGAAUUUGUUUGUAGUUUUGGUUUUUUUUUAACUAUAGUCCGGCCCUCCAACAGUCUGAGGCACAGUGAACUGACCCCCUGUUUAAAAAGUUUGCGGACCCCUGCCUCAGAGGAACAUCAAUGCCAGGAAGAAAGAGGAGACAAAGCGGACGAGUUCGCAGCUUUCCUCGGCUCUCCCGGGGGAGGGGGCUGGGGCAGCUGUGACUUCCGCUGGGGGAGGAUGGGUUGUUUCUGGUGCUUUGCUCACAGUCCCCAUGGCCUGCUUGGGGACUGACAAAUAGGAGCAAGUCACCCAGAGCCACAGCCCAUCUUGCUCAUAAAAAUUCUUUUUUUGCUGUUUGUUUUCCAUUUUUUUUUCUGUUUGGAUUCUUGGUGCCCAUGUGAUAUGUUUAAAAGCAAAGACAGGCAACAUUGUCAAAAAUCUGUCCUUUUCCCCAACCCUCACGUCUCCUGCAGACCCUUCCUCUCCCCUCACAGGGCAGAGACGCUGAGAGCUGCUGGGUGGCUUACAGGCUCCCAAAGAGAAGGGAAUUGGGCAAACUUGGUCCCAUGGAUGGGAGAGCAAGGAGACCUCCCUACAAGUCAUCUGAAGGGUCACAGUCCUGUUGCAGGUGGAGUCUGCAGCUCACUCCUUGAGUCCGGGUAGAGGGCAGGGGAGAAAAGGUGUUCUUCCUUGCCCUACCCUGGCCUGCUUUCCCAAGUUCAGAAUGGUACCAUUUCCCCAUGGAGACUGAGUGGGGCAUUGGGAUAUUGGAGAGAGAAGGGCUGCAGGCUGGUAGCGGUGGGGAUAAAGGAGACUUCCGGGUCCUGGGCUUAGAGACUGGGUAGAGGAAGUGAGGAAGAGAGCGGCAGGCUGGUGGUUUCGCCUCCCUGGGGGUACCUCAGCCAAUUCUCUGUUCUUCCCCCUAAAGAGAGACCCUGGCAUUUCUCAGUAACUGCGAUUAGUGCCACUAAGUCGAGUUGGCCACGUGUCAGUUACUUCCUCAGGAAAACAUUUUCUUGCCUUCUUAUCUCAUGUAGUUUUAAAUUUGAGGACAGAGGAGAACCUGAGUGUCCCCCAGGCCAAGCUAUGUUACAACCCCAGUGUGACUUCCACACCCAGAGCCAGCCCCUAGAGCCCCCUCCUGCAAGCCCAAGGCCAGGCAGUGAGCUCAGGGAUGCUCGCGUGGGGCUAUGCCCAAGACGGAAGUUGUUUUAAGUAAAUUCCAAACCCAGAGGCAGACUGUCCAGGACUGUUCCUAGGAGUUGCUGCCAGGUAAGGCUCCCACCUCACCCCAUCAGGCUGUUCUCCCUCCCAGCCCGGGUUAAUGUUGAUGUCUUGUCUCAGCACAUGUCCCCCAUAGCGUGUCUGCUUCCAACUGCGCUCCUUCCCCUGCAGUGACCGUCCUCCUCCUUGUCCCUCCUACCCGUGCAGGCUCCUCACCAAGGCCAUUUGUCCACCCAAGGACAGGAGCUGCCCAGCCCUCGUCAUAGACAGGUCAGCCUCAUGGUCCAGCCUGUCCCAACCCACCCAAAGCUGCCUCCCCUUGCCAACCCCAGGCCUUAUGGGGCCCCCAGCAGAGGAGCAAUGACUUCCCAAGUGACCUCCACUGCUGGAGGCAAGGCUCUGCCGCUGUUAGCAGCCCUCUGAAGGAUUGGUGCCUGCAACAGGCCUUGCCACCACUCAUGCUGACUGGAAAGGGGAGCUCCCCCUGCAUGCGCCCUCGUUUCCGGGACUAGGGACACUGGCUCUGACAUCACAGGACACCAAAUGCUUCGCCGAGUGAAGGGCCUGUAGUAAUUAAAACAUCUUUCCCACCUCCCAGAAGGCCAAGAAUGGAAGGAAAGACACACAGACACAGAAAUGUGUUCUGGAGGCAGAAGGCCCAGAGGGCCUCUCCUGGGCUGGCUCUCGCCCAUCCAGGAGCAGGGGGCCUGUGGGCAGUCGCAGCCAGCUCCUGAGGCCUCUGUGGGCCAUUCUGGAAGGAGUAACCUCCAGUCACCCCAGCCCCAGCUCACUGCUCUGUUCCCCACCCCACUGUCCCUCGUGCUCCCCUCAGUCUUCCUGUCAGCUCUCAAGACAGGGCUCCCUGAUCCCUUAGCCCUUCCCCUAAAAAACAAAAAAACUGUCUGUGAUCUGUGGGCUGCUAAUUUGGAGUUUUCUAGUUUAUUUUUUGUUUGUAUAUUUUAAGAGUUUGAGAGCAAGAAGGGAGCCCAGCUAUGGAUGCAACAUCCAGAUUACUUGGGGAGGUACAAAACUCUUUACCUGUGACUUCCAAGGAGAUGAGGAGAGCCUCAGGGACCGGGGGAGCCCCCCACAGACAUGCUGUCAAGGAAAUGGGCUAGGAAAGUCCCUGGCUGAGGACAUGCCAUGUGACGGCAGCAGUCCCUGGCUGCUAAUGUUCCUGGACCUUCCCCUGCACUUUUGAUGGAUGGAGCCUUGAUGCUUACUCUUCUCCUCCCACUUCCACCACCUCGGCCCACAGGUGGCCUGCUACAUGUAGCAAACGAGAGCGAGCCUUAUUUUAUAAAGUGGGAAACUGAGGCCCCACCACAGGCGACAGUGAAGAGGCAGCUCCUGAAGGAGGCUGGAACACUCUUCAAGCCUCUUCUGCUCAUGGUGCUCUGAGGGUGGCCAGCCCUCAACUGAGAAACUGAAUGAUCAUUCCUUCCAUUUGGAAAGUAAUCCACCACAGUAAACGCUUCAGACAGUUAAGAGAGAGGUUGUUGGUUUCUUUUUUUAAGUACACAUUUUUGCACCCUCAUAAAAUUAUUUUUUUUAUUAGGGGGAGUGUCCAAGUUUUAAAAAUAUAUAGGAUUUUUUUAGUUAUAAAGGUAAUACAUACUGAUUAUUAGAGUCCCAUUUAAAUUCCUUUGGUAGACUGUGACUACCAGAAAACUAAGUAUAGCUGAAUAAAACAAAACAAAAUCCUUAAUGAACAAAAGGAACUUUCUGUUUGUAUUGGUAGAGACAGCAAGGUGGUCCUGGUGGGCUGGGUGUCCUUGGCUGGGGAAUCCUCACCUCCCCCCACCCCGUGACUUCUGUCUAGGUGGGCUGGCUGUCCUUGGCUGGGGGAUCCUCAACUCCCCCCACCCUGUGACCUCUGUCUAGUCUUGGCUCUCCCGGCUGCCCUGGGGAUUCUUGAAUCUACGCAUUUCUCAUCAGCUUUCCCCAAACUGCAAGGAGGCCCUGCUAGGAACUGGACAUGGCAGGUGGGGUGGGGACAUGUGUUUUUCUCUCCCCCAAGAACACAAAAGCAAGUAGACAACGUCUACGCAGCUCAUCUUCCACCGCUUCCUUUAUCAGGAAUUAGAACUUCCUCUCGUUAGUAUCAUCCCUCUUUUGACUCAAGCACAUUUUGGAAGGGCUCCCUUGUAAGCAUAGAAUUCCAAACAGAGGGUACAGUUAAAGAGCAACCCAAAGGACACUCAAAAGCCGAGACCACUUCACCAUUUCACCACUAAUGAACGCUCACGUGUGCAGAGGUCUGCAGCCACCCGGGUGCAGGAUGGAGAUGGGACAUACACAUGUGCCAUUUGUCGUCCUCCACUCACCCUCCCCGACGUUCUCGUCAUGUCCGUUUGUUGGCUCGUUCAAGCGUCCGUUCUUUAAGAUGAAAAGCUAGUUUACCUCAAAGAAUCUUGUUUCCAUUUGGAAACCAGUGACUGUGUGUUUUAGAGUGGAUGACCCUUCCCCUCGGCUGCUCCCUGCCGGAGCCUGCUGUCCUUGAGACAUGAGGCCUUUGCUCGGUCGUGUGUUGGCUGCUCUGAGCGAGGCCUCCAGGCCCCGAGACAGGAGGGAAGGAUUGGAUGCAGCCGCUCUCUUCCUCACUUUAGCAUGUAGGGACCAGCCUAUCUCCUCCAGCAGGGUCCUGCCAAGUUACCAUAGCAACCAGCAACUCCAGGGUACCACAAUAGACAAUGGCUCGGCAAGCUGAAGUUGGGGGGCCGGGGAUGCAGGGGUUCUUGCCUGGCCCAAUGACCCAGAGUUUAGCCUCAAAAGGGGACAAGGAGAAGCAGGAAUGGAUGGCAGGGUGGUUGAAGGAAGCAGCAGGGGUCUCAGUCUCAGAGAGACGCCAUUGAAACAGGUAGGGCAGGUCAUCUCUGCUCUAGUCACCCCCUUCCAAUUCCAUUCCACUUCUAUUUCAAAAUAAAACCCCCGCCUUGAAUACUGACCCUUUGUUAGAACAAAGCAAAACCUAUCUCUAGACAACAGUGUUACAAUGAGCCUCAAAUACAGGUGGAUGAGAUCACUAAGAAGAGAGUCUUCUGGUUUUGAUUUUUAAAGAAGAGUAUCCUAGUAAGAUUUAAAACAAAAGACUAAAAAAAGUUUUUAAAAAGGAAACCUAUGCUAUUUAAAUUGGAGCCCAGUUGUAACUUGGUAAAGGCAAGCUUCUGUAUCUUUGUUAUAAUUAAUUGUAUACCUGUGUAUGUAAAUAUAAGGCAUUCCUAUUUUGCAGUUCAGAACAAAAAAAAAACUUAUUUGUAAUAUAGAAUAAAGUUUAUUAAAAAACAAUAAAAAU